AUGAGUUCGGCCGGCGCCCUCGCUGCCGACGCGACGGAGGCGGCGCGGCUCGAUUGGUGCAGGCUCGCGGCGGCCGCUCCCGCGGACGGCGCCGCGUGCCGUGAAGAGCGGCUCGAGCAGAUGCGUGUCCUCUCGCACCAAGACCCGUCCGAGGCGGUGCGGCACGCGGCGCAGCAGGCCCACAUCGCUCUCGCGAGCCUGCAGGCGCACAUCCCUGCAUGGGGCUCGCCACCCGGCAGCAGCGCAUCUCCCGGCGACGGCGGCCAAGCCCGCGCAGCGGCCGACUGCUCGCCCUGCGCGGUCGGCCGGCAGGGCGGAGGGCCGGGCCGCGGCGCUGUCGACGCCUUCGCUCUCCGCGGGCGCCGCGGCGCGCUCGACCUGCUCCAGGGCGACGCCGUCGGCAACAACCCCCGCCUCUCCGGCUCUGGCGCAGGCUACCAUCAAGAGUUUGAUGUGCCGCAGGAUGCGACGGCCCUCACGCCGCCAGCGCCAGGAGGAGGCGCCGAGGCGGCACCGGCCGCAGCACUGGCACCGGCCGCAGCUCUGAAUGCGGCACCGCCUUCCUCUCCGUGGGCGGCAGCGGCAGCGCAUCGCGCUCGCGCGCGUGCUGCUGCGCCCGUCGCGCUAGACGAGUUCACCGCCGCACUCGACCCGGCGACCGAGGCGGCGCUGCUCGACUCGGUGGAGGAGGCCCUCGCCGGCAGGACGCUCCUCCUCGUCACGCACCGCAAGUCGGCGCUCCGGAUCGCCGACCGUGUCGUCGAGCUCGGGCCCGCCGGACGCGUGAUCAGCGACUCGUCGUCUGCUGCUGGCGGGCGGACGCCGAGUCUGACUGGCAGUCGUGACUCGGCAGCUGGUCCUCCUUCAUCCGAACUCAUCGAGCAGGCGGACGCCGAGAACGCGCGGCAGCUCGCUGCCCUCGGAGCGGCGGCCGGCCGCACGUACGUGGCGAACGACACGGGCAGGCCGGCGCAGCUCAAGCAGCUCAGGGACGGGUGCAUCGUCCCCACCGACCUCGAGCUGAAGCCCGGCGCCCUCGUCAUGCUCUGCAAGAACAUCGACCAGGCCGCCACGCCCGGCCCGCCAGGGGGGGGGGACCCAGACACGCUUCCGCUCUCAGCGGGCCUCCCCUUGCUCUCCUCUCUAGGCUUCCAGCCGGCGCGGGUCCAGCCAAACUCCGACGUCGCCGCGGCGCCGCUCGAGGCCCUCUCCCGCCUUGCGAUGCCCGCCGAGCUGUCGACGUGA